CCGCAUGUUCUCAAUUUCGAUUUUUUUUGGAGUCCCUCAAUUUCAGAAAUAAUACAUUUGCCAUCUAAUUUCAAGUAUGAGUUAACCACGGUUAACUUAACGAUUAACUUAACGAUUAACAACUGGCCCUGACUGUCAUUCAAUCGGGCGUAAUUGCAUAAUUAUUGUGAAAAUGAGACUGUUUUUUAGUAGCAAGUCGCAUUUAUUAUCCACUAGAAAUGGAAAAUUCUGGUGCGAUACUUCAAAAACACUAUCAAAAUGUUGUCAUCGCUCCGUAGAGAGUACUAUAAGCACGAAACAGGAGAAAUCUCACAUGUUCAAGUAUUUGCACAGUAAAAUGAAAGCAUGUGGGCCUAUAACAGUAGCUGAAUAUAUGAAAGAGGCAUUGACACAUCCUACAGAAGGAUAUUACAUGAAAAGAGAUGUUUUUGGAAGUCAGGGAGACUUUAUAACAUCCCCAGAAAUUUCACAAUUAUUCGGAGAAAUGAUUGGAGUGUGGGUUUUGAGUGAGUGGAGAAAAUUUAGUAAUGACCCUCUCCAAUUAGUUGAGCUGGGUCCAGGCCGAGGGACUCUUAGUAAAGACAUCCUGAAGGUUUUUAAACAAUUUGCAGUUGGAAAUAAAAUUUCUAUUCAUUUAGUGGAGGUCAGCCCGGCGUUGUCCGCUAUCCAAGCAACGAAUCUCUGCGUUUCUUCUAAAGAAAUUGAAAUGAAUGGGUGUUUAAAACAUUAUAGAGAGGGGACGACUCAAGAGGGAAAUAGAGUAUUUUGGUAUAACUCAGUGCACGAUGUCCCCAGGAAGUUCAGUGUAUUUAUUGCACAUGAAUUUUUCGAUGCUCUGCCCAUUCACAAAUUUCAUAAGAAUAGUGGGUAUUGGAGUGAAAUAUUUAUCGAUAUCGACCCAACUGGACAGAAAUUUAGAUAUGUUACCUCAAAGUCUCCAACUCUGGCCAGCAAAUUGCUCAUUGAUGAGCUAGAAACCAGGAGUCAUGUGGAAAUAAGCCCUCAAACCCUCUCGAUCAUUGACUAUCUUGCGACAUUCCUCCAAGAGUGUGGUGGAUUCUCACUGAUUGCUGAUUAUGGGCACAGUGGAGAGAAGACAGAUACAUUCAGAGCUUUUAAGGAUCACAAGCAACAAGAUCCUUUAGACAAUCCUGGAAAUGCAGAUUUAACUGCCGAUGUAGAUUUCUCGAGUAUAAGGAAAAUAGCGACUAGAGAUAAUCGGACAAUAAUAUUUGGUCCAGUAGAGCAGCGAGAAUUUUUGAUGCAACUGGGAAUCGAUGUGAGGCUAAACAUGCUCUUACAGAAAUGUCCGAAGGAACAUAGGCAAGAAUUGGAAGCUGGCUACCAUAUGAUUAUUGAUGAAGAUAAAAUGGGAACUUGUUUCAAGAUGUUGGCAAUGUUUCCUGCUGUACUGAAAGAACACUUGACUAAGUAUCCAGUAACUGGAUUUUUUGAAAAAAUAGUUCUACCAACAUCUCAAGUAACUUAAAAAUAGUAGAAAAUAAAAUUUCAUGAAAUUA